CGUGACAGGCAGCGGCUGGGGGCUCCAUCCCACGCAGAGGACGGGGGCCUCUGCAGCCCCUUCCCCCUGUCCCAGCUGGCUGAAGCCUCCAGGGCAACCAGAGCAGGUGUGGGUCAGGAGACCUCUCCUACCCCCCAGGGCGACAGGGCGCGGAGCAGGGACGGGAGGAGAAGGGCUGCUGGCAGGGCCUCAGGAUGGACCCCUUGGCGGACACCCUGCAGCGGCUGCGGGAGGCCUUCAGCGCGGGGCGGACGAGGUCCCCCGAGUUCAGGGCUGCGCAGCUCAAGGGCCUGGGCCGCUUCCUGCAAGAAAACAAGCAGCUUCUGCAGGAGGCGCUGGCGCAGGACCUGCACAAGUCAACCUUUGAGUCUGAGGUGUCUGAGAUCCACAUCAGCCAGAGCGAGAUUGACCUGGCCCUCAGGAAUCUGAGGAGCUGGAUGAAGGAUGAGAAAGUGCCCAAGAAUCUGGCCACGCAGCUGGACUCGGCCUUCAUCCGGAAGGAGCCCUUCGGCCUGGUGCUCAUCAUCGCGCCCUGGAACUACCCCGUGAACCUGACGCUGGUGCCGCUGGUGGGCGCCCUGGCCGCAGGGAACUGUGUGGUGCUGAAGCCUUCAGAGUUCAGUAGGAGCACGGAGAAGGUCCUGGCGGAGGUCCUGCCCCGGUAUCUGGACCAGAGCUGCUUUGCCGUGGUGCUGGGAGGGCCCCAGGAGACCGGGCAGCUGCUGGAGCAUAAGUUCGACUACAUCUUCUUCACGGGGAGCCCCCGGGUGGGCAGGAUCGUCAUGACCGCCGCCGCCAAGCACCUGACGCCCGUCACGCUGGAGCUGGGGGGCAAGAACCCCUGCUACGUGGACGACGACUGCGACCCCCAGACCGUGGCCAACCGCGUGGCCUGGUUCCGCUACUUCAACUGCGGCCAGACGUGCGUGGCGCCCGACUACGUCCUGUGCAGCCCCCACACGCGGGAGCGGCUGCUGCCCGCCCUGCAGAGCGCCAUCACCCGCUUCUACGGCGACGACCCGCGGCGCUCCCCGAGCCUGGGCCGCGUGGUCAGCGACAAGCACUUCCGGCGGCUGCGGGGCCUGCUGGGCUGCGGCCGCGUGGCCAUCGGCGGCCAGAGCGACGAGGACGAGCGCUACAUCGCCCCCACGGUGCUGGUGGACGUGCAGGAGACGGAGCCGGUGAUGCAGGAGGAGAUCUUCGGCCCCAUCCUGCCCAUCGUGAACGUGGGGAGCCUGGACGAGGCCAUCGACUUCAUCAACCGCCGGGAGAAGCCCCUGGCCCUGUACGCCUUCUCCAGGAGCAGCCAGGUGGUCAAGCGAGUACUGGCCCAGACCAGCAGCGGGGGCUUCUGCGGAAACGACGGCUUCAUGCACAUGACCCUGGCCAGCCUGCCCUUCGGAGGAGUGGGCGCCAGUGGGAUGGGCAGCUACCACGGCAAGUUCUCCUUUGACACCUUCUCCCACCACCGUGCCUGCCUGCUGCGUCGCCCCGGGCUGGAGAAGAUCUACUCCAUCCGCUACCCGCCCUACUCGCCUCGCAACCUGAGGAUGCUGCUGGUGGCCAUGGAGGCCCGCAGCUGCAGCUGCACCCUGCUCUGAGCCCCGCUCACCACUGAGUCCGCUGCCUCUGCCACCUGCAGCGAGUGUAGAUGCGGCCUGGGGUCCACACUCAGGGAGGAAAGGACCACAGCCCAGGCGGGUGCUUGCCCUCUUCCCUCCUGGGGCUUCUGUCUUUGAGCUCUCAGCCUCCUCCCUCAGCUGUCCUCCCCCCCACUAGCCUGGGUGGAGGGGAUGGAGCAAGGAAAAUGAUGCAGUAACCUGCCCUCCUGCCCCCCCACCAGCCACCAGUGUCCUGGGAAAGGUUGGCAGACCUGGACCCCGCUGAGCCACCGCCCUCCCUGCGGAGGGUACAGAAGGGGCCCCGGCAUCUGGUCCAGGUCACACCAUAGACCUGCAGUAGCCUAGGCCCCGGGCAGACAUCUGUGAUAACAGUCAGCACCUCCAGAGAUCGCUGAGGGUUCAACGUGGGGUUUUAAUAAAUGAGUUGUUGAUCCCA